AUGGCGGCGGCGGUGCCGGUGCCAGUGCCGGUGCCUGUGCCGGUGCCGGUGGCGACCAGCGAGGCGGCGGCGCCGGGGGAGGAGGCGGCGGGCGCGGGGCCGGGGCCGGCCCGCCUGGCCCGGCUGCCGCUGGCGCGGGUGAAGGCGCUGGUGAAGGCGGACCCGGACGUCAGCCUGGCCAGCCAGGAAGCCGUGUUCGUGCUGGCGCGGGCCACGGAGUUGUUUGUUGAAACUAUAGCCAAAGAUGCUUACGUGUAUGCUCAGCAAGGAAAAAGGAAGACCCUGCAGAGGAAAGACCUGGAUAAUGCCAUUGAAGCUAUUGAUGAAUUUGCUUUUUUGGAGGGUACUUUGGACUGAGCUGGACAGAGGUGGAGCUCUCUGGAGAAAGAGUCUGGCAGAGAUGGAUGCGGGGAGCAGGGUGCAGAUGUGGAGAGUUUGGCAAUAGUCCAUAGGGUGGAGACACUGAAGUUGCAACCACAUUUUGUAUAAAGUUUAAGUUCUUUUAAGUUCUUUAUUUAAAAUGCAUAUUUUUUCAUAACUAUUUUGUAUGUCCCUUGCCUGUGCCCUGCUGCCUGCUGCUGCCCAGCUCUGCCCAGCUCACAGAAGCAGUCCAGCUCCACAGAGCUGUGAGUGGAGUGGGAGGCUCAGCUCAGUGCCCAGGCAUGGUGAACUCCUUUUUUAUGGACACUUUUCUCUGUACAUGUUUUGUUUCUUGGCCAAAUACA